UAGUUUCCAUUUUUUAUCAUAUUCUAAAACUAGUUAAAAAUAUGGUAUAUUUUUCUUUUUCUUUUUGAUUUGGGCGUCUACAUAUUGUUCCUUUUAUGUGGUCUGAACAGAGUUGACACACAAACAAGAGCACAACAGACCUUGAUUGAUAACUUGAUAAGGAAAUGUUGGGUUCUGAGGUCUGAAAAUAAAGAGAUUUAUGCAUCAAUAAGGAACAAAUUCUGCCUCUUUUCUGCUUAGAUAUUUCUGGGCAUUCGGAAUUUCAGAUUCUUAUCUUUUGUAACAUAUUGUAAACUCCUUACUCCUUUUAUCCUUUCUAAAUCUGUUUUUCCAGCCCCAGGGUUGAUGUUCUUCAGAAUAUAGGAAUCUUGCCUUUUUUAUCUGCAAAAUUUUCCGUACUGGCUAGGGUUUCUGGAUUAGUUCACUUUUCUUGUUGGAUUUGACUAGCAGCUGAAUUUUUGGCAUGGAAAUUUGUUAGAGUUUUGGGGGGCUUCUGAUUUUUCUUACACAAAUUUGAAUCCAAAAUUCCCUUCCCGUAUGUGAAAUUCUCCUGGAAACAAAAUGGUGCAAAAGUUUUUUUGACAGAUCAUAAAAUUUUCUCCUAAGCCGCUGAGCACAAGAGCUACUUCCUGAAAAUGGUGAGAGGAAAGAUUCAAAUGAAGCGAAUUGAAAACGAAUCGAGCAGGCAGGUUACCUUCUCAAAACGCAGAAAUGGGCUGUUAAAGAAAGCUUAUGAGUUAUCAGUACUUUGUGAUGCUGAAGUAGCUCUGAUUAUUUUCUCACAGAAAGGAAGACUUUUUCAGUUCUCAAGCUCCAACAUGGAAAAUACAAUAGAGAAAUACCUUGAGCAUGCAAAAGAAAAGGAGACCACGACUAACAACACUGAAGUUCGACAUGUGCAGCAUUUGAAGAAUGAAGAAGCAUUCAUGACAAAGAAGAUAGAGCUCCUUGAAAGCUCCAAAAGGAAGCUUUUAGGGCAGGGCUUGGGUACAUGUUCAGUUGAAGAACUGCAAGAUAUUGACAGCCAGCUAGAAAAAAGCCUAAAAAACAUACGAGCAAGAAAGGCUGAAUUAUACAAGGAGGAUAUAGAAAAAUUAAAAGCAAAGGAGAAGAGUCUUUUUGAAGAAAAUACAAGAUUGCGUGAAAAGUGUGGAAUAAAGCCGAAUCAGACACAAGAAAAACAAAAAGAAAAUGCUAGUUGCAGCCAAAGUACAGUGAGCUUAGAUGUGGCGACUGAUCUGUUUAUUGGUCUACCCUUCAAUCCACAAUAGCCAUUGACAGUCAUAAUUUAUCAAGUUCAAAAUAAAUUCAGAUUUCAGAUGAUCAUUUCCAGUAAAUAUGUUGAAAUAAUUAUUUAUUUAUUUUUAGAGAUUUGAAUGGCAUAUGAUGAAUAAAUCAGUUGCAGUGAGUAUUUGUACUAAAUUCAUGUUAAUAUAUGUCGAAGUUUCAGAUUUUAAUUG